UUUAAAAAUGUCACAUAUGAAUCUUUUUUUUUUUUUUUUUUAUGUAUUUCGUGUGCACAUGUAACCAGUCAAGCGACCUUGACUGAAAUAAAUGGUCAGUGGUCAGUGAUUUAACUAUUGUGUCCAUAUUUGUCUGUACAUCUUUCAGGUGUGGUAGUGUAUUCUGAAACUGCUAUGCAUUAAUGCUUCCCUCCAAGAGAGGGCCAAAAAUGUCGACGUUGACGGGACGAAUUUGAAUCAAUCUCUUCUUUUUAUUGAGCUCUUCAUUCUUUGUGUGCACAUCUUUCAAAUGUGGUAGUGUAUUAUAGAAGCGAACGGUGCACGCAUGAUGCUUCCCUUCGAGAUUUCAAAUGUCUGAGCCUCUGGGCUUUAGUGCCGUAAGAAAGGAGGAAUGCGUUUCGUGUUAUGGUGACAUAUUUCUCUGAACAAUUGCGAAAUUGGUGCAGUUUGAUGUGCUACACUAAGGCAUAGAAAUAAAGCUUUAGGCUAACAGCGCUAUUGGUGCAGUGGGGCGAUGUGUUACGUCUACACAUACGUUUUUAGAGCAUUAAAGGUCAGACUGCUUUACCGCUAUAUGGAUGAAACUUGUACUCUGAAUUUUUACCGUCUCCCAUUCAGAUAUCGUGACCGGAAAUGACAUGUAUUUAGGCUAAUUUCACGCUGCUUGCAUCUCCAGUAAUCAGCCAGACCUUCUUGCUGGAAACUGGUCGGUGUUUGGGCGUGCUUUGACUGUAACUAUUAGUCUCUGGGCUAUCAAGCGUAACGUUAGAUUUAGUAAGUAUCUUAUGCAAACGCCAGGGCUACAAUGAUUCGCAGAUCCAGGAUCAGUGUACGGCCAAAUGUGCGGCCUGUCAGCCGACCAACAAUAACUUCCCAGGACACAUCUAAGAAGAACCAGGACUUCUCUCCCCAUGCGUCUGUAGGCUCAGAACUGACUGAACCAGCACCAGAGCAGCCUUUGUUUACUCCUGCUGAAGCAUGCAAGACAAGUACACAGAAGCCGGAGCUCGAGAUGGCUGCUUCUUGCCAGAAUGAUGUAUCCCAAAGCAGUAAGCUAGUUUCGGGACCUCCACGGAGGAAAAUGGCACCCAAUCUCAGCCUGUCCAAGCCACAUUACUCGCCUGCCUCCACAGAGAUGGAUAGUGAAACCACCGGACCCCAGUCAACCUCUCCUCACAGAAGGACUUUGUCCCCACGUAACCUUGCAACAUCAGUCAAAUCCAUCCGUCCCAAAGUCUCUAUCAACACAGACGAGACUCUUCCUUCAACAGCCAGCGUGCCGGUGAAGGCAGAUGGCAGAGUCGCUAUCAACACAGAUGGGACCCUUCCUUCAACAGUGAAGGCAGAUGGCAAGGCUCCUCAUAGGCCCAGGGGUCGGCAGAGACCUGCUGCUGUUCCUAGACAGUCCAGAGUAAACCAUAGCGAAGACAUCCAGUCUCAUGCUCAGCAACAGCCAGAUAUAAACUCUUUUAACAAGGGGAAGGAACAAGGGGAGUCGAAUAGUGAGGAGGAGAUUGCAUUGAAAGAGACUACGAGUCCACAGUCAGAUCCCUUUUCUUGUAUGCAGAGUUUGAAGGAUUCAGAGGUUUCUAAGCCAAGAUCAUCCUCAGAACAAGACCCAACUCCUACCCCAGAGAAAGCUUCAUACAAACAGACUAAUAAAUCUUUAUCUGCUAUGCGAGGCCUAAAUGAUCCUGCUGAUCUAAUCCGGCUGGGGAAAGCUCAAAAACUGCGUGAAAUGCUGAAGCUAGAGGUUUGUAAGGAGCGGAGCCAGAAGACCUUCAUGGUAAAAAGCAAAAGGAUCCAGUGUGAGACACUGAAGGAUCACAGCAGGAUGACCAUGAGGGAGCUGAUUUACUAUCUGCCAAAGACCAACCCUAUGAAAUGUCAGGAAAAGGACCAGAACCCCAAUCCCCAAGAGGUCACCAUUUCGUCACCAGUUUCUUCUCAUGUCUCAGAGGAGAGACCAGCACAGCACUCAGAGGAAAGCCCAGCACAGCCAAAACAGCACAUUCAGUCCCAGAGUGUCGGCGAACACGAGCAGGAACACGAGGAAGAUGUGGCAGAUUUGUCCGAAUCUGAAGCUAAUGAAGCUCUGUUGGUACCCCAGGUGAAGGUAGCAGAGGAUGGCUCACUGAUCAUCGAUGAGGAGAGUUUGACCGUGGAGGUACUUCGCCAAAAGGGGCCAAACCUUUCUGCGGACAGAGACCCCAUCUUUGAGCGCGGCUCGACCACGACCUACUCCAGUUUCCGUAAGGGCACCUACACUAAGCCCUGGUCAAGUCAAGAGACAGAUAUGUUUUUCCUGGCCAUCAGUAUGGUAGGCACAGACUUCUCAAUGAUUGGUUCAAUGUUUCCACACCGAGCUCGCUGUGAGAUUAAGAACAAGUUCAAGAAAGAGGAACGUGCCAACGCCUGGAGGAUAGACAAGGCCUUCCGAGAGAAACGGCGUCUGGAUCUGGACUUCUUCACGGGGCUACUUGAGAAGAUCUUAGCUGAUGAAGAGAGAAGGAAGAAGAAUAGAGUUAGACCCUCCCUAGGAGCCAAAGUGCAGCAGAGGAGAGAAAAGAAAAAACCCAGAGCGAGAAAGACCUCGAAGGCUGCCACAGAUACUGAAGAUUCUGCAGAGGAAGACCUGAUUGGUGAUUUUACAGAGGGAGAAAAAGAAAAUGAGGAUCGUGUGAAUGAACUAGGAACAGUUAAUAGCAAGAAAACUAAAAACAGUGGAGAGGGAGGUUAUUUUUCUCCAAAGAGAGACAAACAAACAACACCUGAUGCAGAAUCCUGUGAGGUCGCGGCUGAGGACCCCGGCAGACCAGCUGGUGAUGAGAGCUCACUCGAUGAUGGGGCUGAGAUUGCUGCAACGCUGAUGGAUGACAGGAGAGACUCGAUGAUGAGACCCACCCAGCUGGCCUGUGACCUUGAGCAGCAGGGAGAGCUCUCGAAACCUCAUCCGAGGCGCUCCGGAAAAGCUGUGCACCGAACAUCACAGAAUGCCCAAAACGGAGAUUGUGCCACUGAGGAGACUGAGGAAGCAUCGUCCCAGAUGACCAGAAGAUCCGAGACAUCCUCAACUCCAAGAGCAAGAAAACGCAAGAAGCAGGAUGUUGAAGCGAAUGAGGAAUUGCCCAGCAAGCCCAGCAGAUCGAAGAGGCUACUGAAACUACCUCGGCCACAGGUGCCAAAGGAGAGGUCCGCAGAAAUAAUAGGUGACACUCUCACAGACUCCAAUGAUUCUCCACUUAAUGUUACAAAACGGAGCAAGCCAGCAGCCAUCUUGUAUGGCGGCCAAAAAAAACGGACUGGGCUUGUUACCCUCCGAGCGUCAGUCUCCGAGGAGGACAUGGAAAUACAAGAGGCAGAGAUACAAGAGCCUGAAGCUUUGCAAGAUUGCGACGAUCCCACAAACCCUGAGGACCAGAACCAGGUGCCCGCUUUUGUGCCAGUGGGUCUGCGCUCUCCUCUGCCUGUACAUGCGGUCGUCGAGGAGACUGUGGAGGAGGGUGUUAUUGACUUUAUUGCUCCAGAGAACCUUGAAGCAUCUGAAGACAGUUAUAAGGAGGCAGCCCAGACUCUGCUGACAAUUGGGAACCCAGGUCAUGUGAGACAGAGCACCUGUGCACCUAAUACAGUAGCAGAUCAGGAACAAGCAGAUGAACAGCCCACUGAUACACAUGCAGACCCUGGAACAGCAGAUGAACAGCCCACUGGAACACAUACAGACCCUGUAACAGCAGAUGAACAGCCCACUGAAACACAUACAGACCCUGGACCAGCAGAUGAACAGCCUACUGCUACACAUACAGACCCUGUAACAGCAGAUGAACAGCCCACUGAAACACAUACAGACCCUGGACCAGCAGAUGAACAGCCCACUGGAACACAUACAGAGCCUGGACCAGCAGAUGUUUCUUCAGAACCUGGACCAGCAGAUGUUUCUUCAGAACCUGGACCAGCAGAUGUUUCUUCAGAGCCUGUAACAGCAGAUGUUUCUUCAGACCCUGGACCAGCAGAUGUUUCUUCAGAACCUGGACCAGCAGAUGUUUCUUCAGACCCUGGACCAGCAGAUGUUUCUUCAGAGUCUGUAACAGCAGAUGUUUCUUCAGAGCCUGGAACCUCUCUCUGUGGUGCUUCAUUCAUUGGGAGCAACUUAAAUCAUCAGGGAGCUGCUGUCUCAACAGGUGUAUCUCAGCUGGCAGAGACUAACUGCGAGGAGCCUGUGUUCAUCAUCUCCCUGACUGAAAUUUCACCGUCCUUCAUAGAGACACUUCCCUCUGACACGGACACCCCCCUCUCACACACUGAGCUGCUCUACUGUAAUCCAGAACCUCUCCCAUCUCUUCCAGAAACUCUUUCCUCUGAUACGCAGAUACUCCCAUGUCUCAACGACACGCUCCCUCUUAGGACAGAAUCUCUGCCAUCUUUUUCAGAGAUGUGCUUAUCUCCCCCUGAGCCCCUCACAUCUCUCACAGAGCCCCAUAACUUGGUCACCGACAUCGUUCCUUCUCUGAAGGAGCCCCUACCUCCCAUUACAGAUGAUCUGCCCACUGUUCCAGAGCCUCUGUGUUCUCUCACAAAACCCAGUCCCGUGACGGCACAAUCCAACACAGGACUAGAAACACGAGGUAAUGGAGAUCUCUCGGAGGCUGACAGAAGAACUGUACCUCAUCUGCUGGUCACUGAUGCUCUGAUGCCUGUGCCAAACGAGAAGAAACAACCGGAGCGUUCCAUGGACAUCUCCUCACCACCAAAUCUCACGCUAGCGUCUUCAGCCAUCCAACCUGAUGUAUCAACUAACAUUGACCCGCCUCAGAAGAGCAGAGGGUAUGAUGGCGCUAGGAGAGGCAAGACACAAGUGCAACCAGGUCUGCCUUCAAGAAGGACAUCAGCUAAAUGCAUCUCAGCACAGGCCCUUAGAAGCCCUCCUGUUUCUCAAAUCUGCAAAACUCAUCAGCCAAGCUCUACACAAUUAGCAGGAGCAUUAUCGGAGACAUCUUCAGUACAUUUACCAAAAAGUCGAGUCAAAGGGAGACAGGCAAGGAUAAAGGAGGUCACAGUUGCUGCUUUGGGAGAUACACAGUCUUUCUGUCCCAUUACUCCUCAAGUUCCUGUUUCUACGAAUAGCGACAACCUUCAGACGGCUAAAGGAACAGUGUCUCACCUACUCAUUCCGGAUGCCCUGGUGCCGUGUGAUUUGGAUGCAGACGAUAGGGAUCAACUACACGACACGGGUGCAGCUCAAAAUGAAUCCACACCGCCAUUUUGGGAUAAGCCAAUUACGGACUGUUCCCCAGACAUAUCUUUUUGCACGAACACCAAAGCAAACUUGGAAACUUGUGUUGAAGACCUCUCAGAAAUCACGAUGGACCAGUGUCGUGUUCCCAGGACAGAAGAAGGAAUCCCAGUGGGCAUUGUUGUGGCUGAAAGGGAAUCUUGGCCUCUCCUUCAUGUCACUCCUAUGGAGGCCGUGGCCACAGUGAGCGAUUGGAGCGUCCCUGAGGAUGACGCUAGAGCGGUAUCUGCCAUGAUCAUCACUGAUGCCCUGGUGCCUGUAUCGGUAGAAACGGAGAAUAAACAAGAGCGUGAAGAGAAGAAGCGCACUAAGACGGAGAAACCUGAGAAUCUCACCACUACAAGCUCAACUCAUGAAAAUGUUGCCAGGUCAUCAGCACAGCUUGCUUCUGAUGGACUGACUGAAGAUAUAUCCCCGUUAAAGAAAAGAAGAUUGCUUGAGAGCACACGGAGAGCCAAGCUCCAUGUGAAACCAGCUUUGCCAGUACGCCGAAUUUCAUCUCAAAAUGCCUUGGCCCAAAAAUCCAUGCCACCACUCUCCUCGACCCAGAGUUCCUCUGCCAGCCACUCCGCUUCUGCCCAGCCCAACAGCACACCUUCGCCAGCAUCAGCAUAUAAACCUGCAUCAACGGUUGGUGGUGUGGGUGGAGGGGAAUCCCCAAUGGUCCAGCACAACACUCCAUCGGGGGCAACUCAUGCUAUGGCCAGACCUGGAAGAAAGCCAAAAGGCUUCCUGUCCUUCAUGUCCAGUAAGAGUACGUCUGGGGUGACCGCCACAAAACCUCAAGUCAAACCAGUACAAUCCAGGAGGAUGCCUAUAGCACCAAGGACCAUCUCCACGGCAACAGAACCUCAAGUCAAACCAGUACAAUCCAGGAGGAUGCCUAUAGCACCAAGGACCAUCUCCACGGCAACAGAACUAGCUACAUCCUGUAGUUCAUCAAAUACAAAUCAUUUACACUCCCUGCAGAAUCAUGAGGUGAUCUCGUCUGAAUCAAGAGACUCCAGCGUCAGGCAUCACUCAGAGGAGCCCACAAGUAUAUCGGAGUACUUUCUCAGUAACAUCUUUACAGAGGUGGAGGAGAAGGACUGAAUUUGAAUGGGUGUCCAGCCUCGAUGAACAGAAGGCCUGUCUGAUGAAUGGAAACAGGCUGUAGGGAUUGUGAUGUCACAGUCUGAAGAUUCUCACAUUCCAUGAGGUCUGUCCAGUGUCUAGGAGCUGCCAGGGGGGAGUCAUGCCAGUCUGAAAUCACUUUCUGAUUGGUGGUAGCUAGAAUUCACUGUAAACAGGUUAUGGUAUGGAACUGUAUAUAGGUUAAUUUGUGCCGACCAGUAUGUGUGUAACUGAGGGCCGGGACACACUAUGUUGGGUACUCUAUCUCAAUCCCAGUCCCAAUUUUAAUUUAAUGAUGAAUUAGGCAGUCAUUCCUUUUCAUUUUGUGUGUUUGGGGAAAUUCGUGUAGAGAAUAAGAAUGAUGUUUUGGCUCUAAUGUGUAUUCUGAAGUUCUCCCUUGUUCCAGGUACGGGCAACAAUAGAGUAACAGAUUUUUGUGUAAAAAAAAAUCACUGUUCAUAUUUCUAAAUAAAGUGUCAGUGGUUUUCUCA